AUGUUGGCAAAUAAAGUACAAUUCACAUUGUUGAACAACACAACAAUGCUAAAAUCAAAGGUUAGUCGUUUUUAAGCAAAAACUAAAAAAAAAAAGUGAGGACCCCACAUAUAAGUAACAUUUGUUUCUCUGGAACUACAGUGCCUCAUUUAUCUUAUUUUUUCAAAAAAGCGCAAUUAACCCCAUAAAUAUGUUGAAUGGAUAUUUGAAGAGAUUUGCAUCUCGCGCUCAAAUUUUCUUGUUUUAAAUUAUGAUGCCAAUUACCCGGGUAACCAAACAUAGUCAAAAAAGACAAAAAAGCACUUUUCACAUAUUUUUAGUCGUAAAUGCUUUUUAGUAGGGUGAAAAUUAUCGAAAAAUCAAGAAAGGUGAGUUUCUCGCCCAAAAUUAGCUAGUUUUGCAAAAACUUAAAAUUUUCGUCUAAAAUCCAACUUUUUUUCAGACAAAUCAAUUUCGAUUGCUCAUUUUAUUCCUAAUAUUAUGCAUAAAUUAUAUUAUUUUUUGUCGAAAUCGAAAACCGUACGAUUACUCAAAUAUCCCAGUUAAUCAAUUCACAUGCGAUACGGUAAGCCACACCCAUUUUUUAUUUCUCCAGAUUUUUGUCAGAAUUUUUUCAAGAUAAAAUCUUGUUUUUGGAUGUGGAAAAUCUAGAUUUUUUGUGAAAAUUAAUUAUGAAAAAUACUGGAAUUUUUGGGGGAUUUCUAGCGAUUUGUCUAGUUUUGAUUUUUGUUGGAUUUUUAUCUAUUACGACAAAAAGAGCUUUUCGAUAUUCUGUAAUUUCUAGAAAAUUUCAGUGUGGUACGGUAGGUUUUGUAAACACGCGUGGCUUUGUAGAUCAAACAUUUCUGAAUCCAAGUGGAACAAUUCUUCAAGUUGACCUUCUUUUUAGAAUCUUGGCAAUCUUUCAAAACACGUUUCCACCAGAAUGCCACGUAGGAAAGUUUUGUUAUUUCAAAUUUUCAAAAUCUUGAAAAGCUAAUAUUUAUCCUGGAAUUUAGUAAUUGAUCAAAAAAUAUUCCGAGUUUCAAAAAAAUCCACGUGACAUUCGGACAAUAUUUCCAAAUUCAACAUCCAGCUUUUUUCCAGAUAUGAAAAAAUCCAUGAGUCAAUUUUUUUCAGAAAUCGCAUCACCGCGACAAAUUCCUCACAUCAAACUUCUUCACUCUAAAAUCAAGCGGAGGCUUGGGAAAUCAACUCUUCGAAACUUUCUCCAUUCUAGGAAUCGCUAAAAAUCUCCAAAGAAUCCCAUUUUUCAAUACAAAAGAUCGUGAUUUGAUUGAAAGUAUGGAAUUAUUAUCAGAAAAUGUGCCAAGGUUACUCGAAGAUUUUCUGCUUUUACCGAUUGAAAUUGAUAAUGCUACUAGAUUUGUUCAAACUUAUACAUGUUGCUCAUAUGAAACUCAUCCAUUAUUAAAAUGUGAACAAUCGAAAUAUCUAGUCAUCGAGGGUGCAUAUUUUCAAAGUUUCAAAUAUUUUGAGCAUCUAGGAAUUGAUAAUAUCAAAAAUUAUAUAACAUCUUCAAAAUCUGAAUUUAUUCUAAAUUAUGAAAAACACGAAAUGAUUCCUGUGGAAUCUUCCAAGUUCAAAAUUUGUGUUCAUAUUCGACGCGGUGAUUUUUUGCAAGAUCAAGUUCACGAAGGAUCGGAUAGCCGAUUUAUUCGAAAUGCUAUGGAGUUUUUGAGGAAAAAGUUUGAAAAGAAUACGAUUUUUUAUGUUUUUGGAAAUGAUCCGAAAUGGGUGGAAGAGGAAUUGAAAGAUUUAACAGAAGGUUAGUUGAUUAAUAAAACAUUCUUCAGCAAUCUAUAUCAACAAAAUCUUUUUUUUUUUCAGCCAAAAUCGAAAUAAUGCGCACGCCACCAAACUUGGCAAUUGCUGAUCUCAAAUUUUCAAUAAAACACUGUGAUUCGGUGCUAAUCACAGCUCCAUCUUCAACUUUUGGCUGGUGGCUGGGAUUUUUAUCAAAAAAUCAGGAAAAUGUAUUCUAUCGGGAUAUUUAUGAGACAAAUGAUCAGGUCAAAUACGAACUAUCGGUUGAUGAUUUUUAUCCAAAAACUUGGAAUAAAUUGGGAAUGCGAAUGGAGGAUGGUGAAAUAUUUGGAAAUUAA